AUGGGCGCUAACACGGACGUGAAGUCACUGCUGUCCAAGGACGUUGGCAGGAUGGCCGACUUCGCGAUCAACCUGGUCUCCAACUUCUACUUCCGGCCGUGCCGCGACCAGUACGACGAGGUCAUUCUCGAGUACUUCCGUUGCCGGUGCGGCACGGUCCGGAAGCGAGUCACGGGGACGGGGUACUCGAACCCGAUGCAGCAUAUCAGGCGCGAGCACCCCUCGUACUCGGAGGAGAUGCUGGCCGCAACACCCGGUCAGACGGGCUCUCUUGCUCACUACGUCCGCCACUCUGCCCAGAACUUGUUCGGUUGGCUGGAGUGGCUGGUGAAGUGCAACCUGCCGCUAUCAUUUUGCGAGAUCAAGCUCGCAAGACGUUACACGCGCCUCCAGCCUGUCUCUGUCGAAACGCUUCGGCGCGUCAUGGACGCGGUGACGCGCUGCGUCGAGCACGCGAUCGCGGCUGAGAUGCCGGAGGAGUUUGGUAUCAUCUUUGACGGGUGGAGCCACGACUCGGAGCACUACAUCGCGGUCUUCGCGUGCUACGAGGUUGAUGGGGUUCUGAGGUGCCCCUUGCUCUGCAUGGCACCACUCGUCAACGAUGAGACCGACGACUUCUCCGCGGCUAGUCAUCAAGCCUCCUUGGCUACGAUGCUAGCGCGCGACUAUCAGAAGCGCCUGGACCAGGUUCUCUUCCUGGUGGGAGAUAAUUGCGGCGUCAACCGCCGCCUCGCUACGCUGAUGGGCGUCCCGCUAGUUGGGUGUGCAAGCCACCGACUCAACCGAGCCGUCGCCGCCCGGCUGAGCGAAUGCGCUGAAGAUGUCGACAUGGUACAGGCGCUGAUGGUAAAGCUGCGGACCCUCCACCAUUCUGCAAAACUCCGGUUCAAGACCGACCUUCGACCAAUCAUCCGCCAGCAAACCCGCUGGGGUUCGACCUUUGCGAUGAUUAACCGCUACUUCGAGCUUCUACCAUUCAUCGACGCGGAGGACGACGAGUUGACCGAGCUUCUUCCCCCGGCGGCGUCCAAGCGGCCGCUUCGGGACCUGAUCGGCGAGCUGAAGGACGUGGAGUCCGUGUUGAAGGCUCUCCAAGGCGCUGACGCAAACCUCCUCGACGUUCGCGUCUGGUUCGACGGUCUCAUUGCCGCGAAGCCCUCGUACGCCCGUUAUCUCGCACCGCGGGCUGACAUCGUCCACAGACCCGACUUCGAGGCGGGCUGCGUCAAGGUGCUCAAGGGGCAAGCCAAGCGGCUGACCCGGGUGGAGAAGGCGGCGCUGGAGCGCUUCUUGGCGGCUCCACCAGCGGGUGAGGGCGAGCAAGAAGUGAAGGAUGAGGAGGCCAGCAUCUCCUUCGUGGAGCGGCUGCAAAAGCGUCGGCGCCUGGAAGAGCAUCAACCAUGCUACGAACUGCUGGCGUCCAUUCCGCCCACGUCCAACGUGGUCGAGCGAUUUUUUAGCAUCGCUCGGGCCACGUUUGGGCUGCAGCGCCACGCACUGCAGCCGUACACGCUGGAGAUGCUGCUGUUCCUGCGGCAGAAUGCCGAUUAUUGGGACGCGCGCACUGUUGAGAGCGCGGAGUAA